CAUGGAGGAGCGCUUUCUGCAGAUGGAAGAACGCCGCUUCCAGCGAGAUCUGGACGUGGAGGAGCGCCGGAUGCAACUGGAGCAGCGCCGCUUUGAACUGGAGAGGGAACAUGAGUUUCGCAUGUUCAAUGUCUUUGCUCAAAUGCUCAGCAUCCUAAAGCAGAGCCAUAGUGGCUCCUCCUCCUCUGUUGCCAUGCCUCAGGGUUUGGACUUCAGCCAGGCGCUGUCCGAAAUUGAGGGGAUGCGAGGAAGAGGGAGCAACCUGCAGGAGAUGAGGCUUCGGCCGCUUGCCAAGAGGAGGGUUGACGUGCACAGCUUAUGUAACCCCAGCGGCUUCCAGAGAAGCCCCUACCUCUCUGCUCGUGGCAACUUUGCCAGCGCUUUUCAGGGCUCCACUGAGGAAGGGUACAAAGCCUAUCAUGCUGACAAGUAUGAUGAAGACAAGAACCCCAACGGCAUAAUAAACUUUGGCACCAGUGAGAACAAGCUCUGCUUUGACCUGAUGUCCAAGCGGCUGACACAGGCUGAUAUGAAUCUCAUGGACCCUUCACUGCUUCAGUAUCCUGACUGGAAAGGACAUCUGUUUUUACGGGAAGAAGUGGCUCGAUUUUUGACCUAUUACUGCAAGGCCCCUGCACCUCUCAAAGCAGAGAAUGUGAUUGUUUUAAAUGGUUGUGGCUCUUUAUUUUCUGCAUUAGCUACAGUCCUUUGUGAUCCAGGGGAAGCUAUUCUGAUUGCUACUCCCUGUUAUGGUGGUAUUACCCAGAGUAUCUUCCUCUAUGGUAAUGUCAAGCUGGUGUAUGUCUAUUUAGACAGUAAGAUUACUGGAACAAGUACUCGGCCUUUUCAGCUUACAGUGGAAAAACUGGAAAAAGCCUUGCAGGAUGCCCAGGCAGAGGGUGUCACUGUAAGGGCCUUAAUUCUUUUGAAUCCCCAAAAUCCCCUUGGGGACAUCUACUCCUUGUCGGAGCUACGGGAUUACCUGGAAUUUGCUAAAAGACAUGAAUUGCAUGUGAUAGUAGAUGAGAUCUACAUGCUGUCAGUUUUUGAUGAAUCAGCCACGUUUCACAGUGUCCUAGGCAUGGACAGAUUGCCUGAUCCACAGCGGACUCACGUGAUGUGGGGCAUAACCAAGGAUUUUGCUGUUUCUGGGAUUCGUUUUGGUACUUUAUAUACAGAGAACCAAGAUGUUGUUAAUGCAGUGGCUUCUUUGUGUUAUUUCCAUGGGGUUUGUGGACCUGUCCAGCACAAGGUUGCACAGCUGCUUAGAGACAGAGACUGGAUCAACCAGGUGUACCUGAGGGCCAACCAUGCCCGCCUAAAAGCUGCCCAUACGUAUGUGACAGAUGAGCUGAAGACACUUGGGGUUCCUUUUCUCAACCGCAAUGCAGGCUUCUUUGUCUGGAUUGAUUUCCGAAAGUACCUUAAGACAGGCACAUUUGAGGAGGAGUUGCUGCUCUGGAAGCGUUUUCUGGAUAAUAAGGUCCUCCUGUCCUGCGGAAAAGCCUUUGAGUGCAGUGAACCUGGAUGGUUCCGCAUCAUCUUUUCUGACAAGACCCACCGGCUGCAGUUAGGCAUGCAACGGAUACGCAAGGUUUUGGAAGAGCGUGAGCAGGAGAUACUGGCUGAGGAGAAGGAGCAGCCUUGUCAAUCAGAUCAGGAUGGCAAAGCAGAUAGCACAGAUGAAGUCAUUUUUGUAUCCCGCCACCAGGACCCUCUCUGUGCCAGUAGCUCCAGCCUUGGUGACCUCAUUGGCCUCCUGCAGCAACAGAUGCGUUCAUCUGACUGGCUACAGAAAAACACAGCCGAGCAGUUUGCCCAGGAAAAGCCAGAGAUCUAUGAUGUGUUCAGCAAACUGGUGGGGAAGCAGUAGGGGUCAGUGUGCCUGCAGGGGCUUUCCUGAACAGCAACUGACCCUGGGCUCCUAACAACUCAGUAGUGACUUCCAGCAAAUAAUAUAUUUUCUGUAUAGCAAGAAAAUUACUUUGUAGGCCCCCUCCUCUCCCCUCUGUUUGAGAUCUCUGAUUUGUACUAUAUAGCUGUGUUUCCUUGGAUUGGGGUGAGGGUAGGGAAGGGGGGGGGUGUCUUGUUUGUGUGCUGCUCUCUGUUCUGCAGCAUGAUUGUAUUUUAUAUUUAAUUAAUUUCUAAUGAAUAUGCUCUUAACUCUCU